UUUAUUACGAAACUUGUGUUUUAAUUUAAUUAUUUUCAUAAUUUCUUACUUGCAUAAUGAACGAUAUAAUAAAAGAAGUGAAAACAAAAUAUCCGGAUAUUCAUAUUGAUAAACAAACAUGUCCAAGUUACGUUAAAAUGUAUACGAAAGACAACAGACAAAUUGUAAUGGUGUAUGUUGAGAGUGAACAAAGGUGUCCACCAAAGGUGGUGAAAACUAACUCCAAUAAAAAAGAGGAACUCGACCUCACUGGAUCACCUCUUAAAGUAGAUCUGAGUCUGCAUUCUCUCCUGGAUGACACAUUUGUGUAUGAUAUACCGAAACUUUGGAGUAAGGAAGAAGAAACUCAUGUGCCUAUUGACAUUGUAAAUGCCAGAGAAAUUUGCAACUUUUACAACAAGACUGUCAAAAUUAAAGAUAAUGAGAAAACCUUACCUUUGUGGAUUCUCACCAACCCAUUGUCUUCAGGAAAGCCAUUACUCAUCACCUUACAAUCAGAGAAAGAACACUUUGCGCGAGGUAUUGUCACCUAUGAUGAUACAAAGACUUUAAAUGAGGUGAACAUAUACAAAUUGGUUAAAGCAUUCGCUGAGCAGGAAGAAAUAGAAGAGAAUUCGGUAGCAACACUGAUAGACUGCAAGUAUCAUAUAUCAGGAACAUCAUACACCACAGUGCACGAAGAUGAUCUAUCAAAUGCAGCACACUCGGGUCUCAGUGAACUUGCCUGUGAAUGGGCCACUAUGUCUUUGGAUCCUGAUUUGCUUAGUUGCAAAGUUAAUAUGAUACAAGAAGUCAUAGUAGGCCACGUGGCAAGUCCGUGUAACGCUCUAUGGGCGUCAGUAUGCGCCUUACAGAAUCUCCACCAGCUAGUAAUCGAUAUGAACGAGCUAGGGCCUUUCUCAGUCGAUCUUAAAACAGCUGUUAUAAGGAAUAAAACAAACACUACAAAACCAGACAACUCGAAACGGCUUAAAAACCUGCUGAAUGAAACUGAAGAAUACGCGUACGCAACGGAGUGUCCUACCGGUGGAUGCACUGCUGUCACCGAGGACACCACAUCUUUGCGACAGGCAUUGCAAGCCAUGAGUGCCAGUGGCUCGAGCAACGACUUUACUUACAAGCUUUGGGAUAUAUUGAGAGAUUCUGAGACAGCCGAGGAGCUUAUCACAUUGUUAAUACAAACCCUUAAGUUCUUUUCUUCUUGUAAUAUCCACCCAUUCAUAGAUGGAAGCAACAAAACCUUUUUGUCGAAGAUGGUACUAAAACUCGCCAGAGGUCACUCACAAGCUGCGAAAUUCAUCAAAAACCUUCACUCAAAUCCUUUGCAAGCGCUUUCGCUUAUCACUCAAUUGGGAUUUGAAAAGACCAUGUGGGAGUACACCAAGGUCAUGUCGCUCCUGGAUCAUUCUUACGCUAUCACUGCAAUUUGGAAUGGCGAAGUUCGGAGCUCGGAAUCCAUAGAGCAAAUUAACCAAACGUUACAAGAAAUGUCUAUGAGCGGUGGCGACUUCACCAUGAAUCCCUUCGAGAGUCUUUGCGGCUCCGAAAUGUCAAUCCGCAUUGACUGUGAUUCUUUUUAUGCGGACCCUGAAGCCAGCGACGAUCUGCCGAACAAGAGACCAAUAAAGAACCAAUGUACAGUCAGUGAGAAGAAAGAUUCAAAUGAGGUAAGAUUAUUUGCAAAGAACAACCUUCAGGCCACAAAUUCGCAAAAGUGUUGCGUUCGGCGGGGCGUCUCAGGUUGGCACGUACAUUGUGUCUUGUGUUGA